AUGCUGAGGGGACUCCACCACUCGACAGACUACAAAGUGAUCAAGCACGAGCUCGAGUCCCUUUCUGCUAACUCGUUCUUCGUCACUGGGUUGGCAAUAAACACAGCCGUACACCAGUCGGCAGGAUACACGCCAGCCUACCUCAAUUUUGGAAAGGAGUUACGACUUCCCGAGGCCCUUCAUGAAGGUAUUGAAGUAGAUCCAGGGGACAACCCUAGAGUACCAGACCGUCUGCAACUUCUGAGGACUAUACAAGACACCGUGAAGCUAAACCUCUCCAAAGCCUAUCAACGCCAAGCUAAAUAUUACAACCUUCGCAGUCGACCAAACACGUUCAAGGAGGGACAACAUGUGUUAUGCAGGAGACAUGAACUUUCAGAUGCUGCAAGAGGAUUCGCCGCCAAAUUGGCCCCACAAUUUGACGGACCCUAA